UAAGCUUUUCUAAAUCUAAUAAAAUAUCUUACGAAUAAUCAACACUUACCAAGGAAGUAGCAGAGAAAAAUUGGUUGCUUUUCCCUUAUUGUUUGGCACUGAAAUCCACACUCCAGUUUGUCCCAAUUGAUCGUUUUCUCUCUAUACACUUCAUUUUCAAAAUAUUUUAUUUUUAUUGAAUCGGAACUCCGAUUCAUAGGCGAAGUGUUGUUGCUGAUUACUAAUUUCCAUUUCAAACUUUUGGCUCUGUAAAAACUCGGAUCGGCUGAAUUAGAUUCAGUAGUUGAAUUGAAUUGGAGGUGAGUUGAGGAGUAACGCAAAUGCAUAAAAGGGAGUCGAGUGUGCGAUUCACGGGAAUGGUGAUUCGAUCUCGAAUUUCGAUCCUCAUGUUCUCUAUGUUUUCAACUUUUGCUUCUCUAUACGUCGCCGGACGAUUGUGGCAGGACGCAGAGAACAGAGUUUAUUUAGCUAAAGAGCUUGAUAGAAUCACUGGUCAGGGAAAAUCUGUGGUGUCAGUUGAUGAUUCAUGGAAAAUCAUUGAAUGCAGGGAACAGCAGAAGAUAUUGUCUGGCUUGGAGAUGGAACUUGCAGCUGCUAGACAGGAAGGUUUUGUCUCAAAGCUUUUGUCUGAAAUUAAUAAAGUCCCUAAGAAGAGGCCAUUCGUAGUGAUCGGAAUACUUACGGGAUUUGGUCGUAAGAACAACAGAGAUGCUAUACGGAAAGCAUGGAUGGGCACUGGUACAACUUUGAAAAAGAUGGAGGAACAGAAAGGCAUUAUUAUCCGUUUUGUUAUUGGCAGAAGUUCCAAUCGAGGAGACAGCUUGGAUAGGAGCAUUGAUAACGAAAACAAACUAACAAAUGAUAUUUUUGUUCUUGAUAACCAUGUGGAGGCCCCUGAGGAACUACCAAACAAGACGAAAUUAUUCUUUGCUCAGGCUGCCGAAAACUGGGAUGCGGACUAUUAUGCAAAAGUCAAUGAUGAUGUUUAUGUGAAUAUUGAUGCCUUUGCCAAUACCCUUGCUGCUCAUGUGAACAAGCCUCGUCUAUAUAUUGGGUGUAUGAAAUCAGGAGAAGUUUUUUCUGAACAGGGCAAAAAAUGGUACGAACCAGAUUGGUGGAAAUUUGGGGAUGGGAAAACUUAUUUCCGCCAUGCUUCAGGCGAGAUGUUCGCAAUAUCACAAGCUCUGGCUAAGUUCAUAUCAAUUAACAAAUCUUUCCUUCGCACAUAUGCCCAUGAUGACGUCAGCGUAGGAUCGUGGUUUAUUGGUCUAGAUGUGAAGCACGUCGAUGAGAAGAAGUUUUGCUGCUCAUCUUGGUCCACAGGUUCUAUAUCUGCAAACCAGUUCAAUAGUAUUAUAACAUCUCUGUUAUUACAGCAAUUAAUCAGGCAAAGUGAAUCAUCGUCGUUUUGAUUUCAGGAGCUUUAUGUUCAGGUGUAUGAUCUUGUUUAAUAUUCUGAGAGUGAGAGAGCUCCUAUUCUUUACAGCGGCGCUGACAAAUCUAUUGCACAUAGGAUAAUUUUAGAUCAGGAGGCAUUCGUUUUUUUAUUUUAUUUUUUUUGCCCCUUAGAUGUUCAAAUAUUUCUCAUAUAGUACUACAUUUUUUUGAGAUGUAGCCUUUACAAACCACAUUGUACUUAGUUUUCAGAAGCAGUGAUGAAUGUAGCAUUUUUACAUUGAGCGUUCUAA